AUGUAGGCACUGCAGACCCCUUAGUCCCACACUGCAUCCAGGAGAGAGCUGCCACCCCCAUCGCCCAGGCCAUGUCUUCGGUGAGCUCGUCCUCGUCCUCUUCCACCUUCCGCUCAGAGCACAUCAGCACCUACAGCCCUGGGAAGCCUCGCUUCGAGCCUCUGCUGGACCCUCCCCAUGGGAUCUUCGGGGCCGGGAGAGCUCGAGAGUCCUAUGGGUACUCAGGUGAGUGAGCCCAUCUGGGGGCAGCCAGGGGCACUGAUCCCACAGGCUCUGAGCUUGAGCAACAGGAGGCAAGUGUCAGGGUUGGCCCAAGGGAGUGCCAGUGCCAGGUGAAUGGACUUUUUGAGUCUUUUGGCUGCCUGACCUUAGGUCAGUGGCUGGGUAUCUUUGUUCAAAGGCCACAUUCUGGGGAGCCUAAUCUACGCCUGCUGAUGGGACUGCAGCCAAAGCGGGCAAGGCCAUCCUUUCUCUCUCUCUCUGUCAACCUCUUUCUCUCUUUUCUCCUCCCUCCCAUCCCUUUCUCUUCAUCCCACCCCACCUCUCUGUCUCUGCCAACACACCUCUCUCUCUCUCUCUCUCUCUCUCUCUCUCUCUCUCUCUCUUUCUGCCACCCCCUUUCUCCCUCUCUCCUUCUGCCAUCCCCUUCUGUCUCUCUGUCUCUCUCUUUCCCCUCUCCUCUCUCUGCACUUCCAUCUUUCUCCUGCUGUGACAGGAACAGGUCCUCCUUCCUGCCAGAACUCUGAAGUGAUGGUUUGCCAAGGGCUUUCCCCCUUCCACCUCCCAUCACCCCAUCCAUUUCAGCUUCACCCCUUCCUAUGCCCUCUCCGGCCCUCUUUCUCUCCCUCCAGCCUCCUCUUCAUACCCACCCACACCUGUUGUUGCAAUGGCCAGACCUGUCUUCCAAGGGCCCACCCUCACCCCUCUGCAUCUCCUCUGCCUUUGUUUCCCUCCACCCUCCCACAGGCUCACCCCCCUCAGCACACCCUUCUGCUCUGGGCAGCAGCAACGUGAUCGCCAGUGGCGACAAGUACCAGGUCAUGGCGGACGUCAGUCAGUUUGAGCCUCACGACAUCGUGGUGACCACUUAUAACUAUUGCAUUGUCAUCCAGGCAGAGAAGGUGAGAUGGCCAAUGGCGGUGAGGGUGGGGGGCUGGAAUCAAAACUGCAGGAGGCGUGGUUGCAGGCUGUUGUAUGGGCGUAGCCAAGGGGGGACAGAUCCACCAAAAAAUAUUGAAAAGCAUUGAAAAGACACACACAUCCCCAACUCAACAACUUUGGCUGAUCCCCUAAGAAAAGCUCAACACCUUUGGCUGCCCACCCCCUCUAACAAAAAUCCUGACUACGCCCAUGGGCUGAUGGGUGGAUUUUUGAUGAGCAGGAGAGGAUAUUUUGUUUAUUCAUUAUCCUCUUACUUGUGCAAGAAUGCAAACACCUAUUUCAGCACAGUUAAAAAUCGCCAUCCAUGUGCAGCUUAUAUUUAGAAGCUUGGGAGACAAGGUUGUGUAACCUUCUAGAAAGAACAAUUAUGAUCUGCAAGGAUGCUUAGGCAGAUUCGGAUCACCUCUCUUCUUAUAUGUGCAAACCCUCAGACAAAGAAAAUCACACUCAGACUCUUUUAGGCAAAGAAGAAAAUAUAAGGUUUACUCACUUGUAAGUCUUGCCAGGAUUCAACACAUAUACUGGUGAAAAUCAAGCAGGCAAUAAUCCUAAAAGUUACAAAAAUCUAUAGUCCAGUCUGAAAUGGAGUGCACACUCUUGAGGAGAGCUCGCAGACGGCCCAUCCCAUUGUAGGUUAGAAGAAGAGAGUGCAGCCACAGGAAGAAAAAGAUUAAGUCUUCUAUUGUUCCCUUUCUUCCCACAGAAGUUUAGAGGAUGUGACACCAUAUAGUCUCCUGUUUGUGACUCUGUAGCAGUCAUGCAUUUGUGAUUUUGGCUGCAAAUUUUCCAGCCCUGGCUAUAGCUGGGGGUGAGGACAGCUUUGCAUGGAAAGACCUUAGCUGGGGAGGGGGUGGGGACAUCUGAUUUGCAUGCAGGAGAGCUAGGAAAAUCCUUGGAGAGCCUCUGUCAGUCAGUGUCAACAAGACAUCCCAAAACUGGUGCCUUCCAAGUGGUUUGAACGACAACUCCCUUCCACCCAGAACAUGGCCGUGCUGGUGCUGGUGCAGAUGGGAGUUGAAGUACGGAAUUAUAGGGGUGGGGGAACCAGAUUGGGGAAUGCAGGUGCAGACAGUUCUAUUACUGAAUUGAAUGCAUGGAAGACCUGGCUUGGGAUAAGGCAGUUUCUUACAUUUUAUCUACUCAAAAGAACCAACAGCUAGAGAUGGAUGCCUCAGGUCUUCCCUAAUUUGCACACCUUCAUCCUCGGAAAGUGUUCGAACUUUUUGUCCUGCUUUGGUGCAUGAUGGUAGGUGCUCCUUUGAAGAACUGAACUUAUCUUUUAGCCAGUGUAAGUUUGGUACGUGAGAUGUGUAAAAUGCAAGAGCUGGUUUGGGGGGAACGUCUAAGGCAGGGUGUUUUGCUUGCCCCACAGGUGGCCGAAGACGGCACUGUCUCCAACACUUUCACUCACAAGUGCCAGCUCCCGGCAGACAUGGAUCCUCUGUCCAUCAGCUGCUCCCUGAACGAUUCCGGCAUGUUGGUCAUCACUGCCAGGCGACAACUCCUGGCAGCACCUCCUGUCUUCCGCACGGAGGUCAAGCUUUAACAGCGGAUUUUGUCACAACCUGGGAAGCAGGGAACCUUCAUAAAACUACCUUGCCUUGGGUAGAUUUGCCUAGUAGCCUUGUUCUUGAAUUGUUUGAUUGGCACCUCUGAAUAGCCCAAUGUCCCAUCAUACACUGCUGCUGCAGAACCUUGGAACUUCUGCCUGCAAUGCAUGCUGGGACCCAUCCCCAUGCGCGUCUCUUUUGCUGCAGGGAUAAAAACUACCUGUAGACUUAGAACACUGUGUCUAUACUGAGUCACACUAUCUCAGUACUGCCAAGUGACAGGUGGAAGCUGCCCAGGAUUUCAGGCACAGGGUUUUCCCCAGCCCUACCUGGAGAUGCCAGGAAUUGAACCUGCUACCUUCUGCACGCGAGGCAGAUGCUCUACUCCUGAGCUAUGGCCCUUCCUUCCUUGGCACUAGAUGCAAACUAGGACUCUGGGGCCCUGCUGUGGGACUGGGAGACCCCUGCUACAAUUCUGGAAACCACCACAGGAGUAGAAGAAGAGGCCCUUAAUCUUGCUCAAACACAGUGGCGUAGCAUAGGGGGUGCAGGGGGGCCCAGCCGCACCGGGCGCAACAUCAGGGGGGGGGGGGCGCUCGCACUCGCAGCUCUCUGCCCCCUGCUAAAAUCCACGGGUUAGGGGGCGCAAAUUACUUGCCUUGCCCCGGGUGCUGACAACCCACGCUACGCCACUGCUCAAACACCUCCCAUUUUUCCAUCCUUCAAUAAAGAUCACUUCCUGCCCUGCAAAGUCUCUGCUCCUGACUAGAAUUGUCUCAAUGUCACCUUCUUCUUGGCUUCUUUCCCUAGCAAUUCCCCUCUUUGAUAGAAUGGGCAAGGAUGAAAUGGGACCCAGAGCUUUAUCUAUUGCUGGAAGAUUAGCUGUGUUGAUAUUUUUUUUUUUUGCAGCAAAAGCAAUAAAAGAGUCUUGUGGCACCUCAAAGACAAA